AUGCCCAGCAACAAGGGCCUGUUCGGCCGCAUCAUGAACUGGGACGACGGCUACAGCCCUCCACCGCCAGCACCUACGCCGCCACCGCCACCGCGCGCCCCAAGCCGUCCCCGGCGCAGGCGGGACAGCGCAGCACGGAGCCGCUACCCUUCGCCGCCACCGCCCGCCCCAACCCCUCCCCCGCCCCGGCGCCAACCGGUCCCAGAACCGCGCGCCCGGGGUCAUCCACCGCCGCCACCAACACCACGGAGGCGGUUCUCCCCCUCACCACCCCGCUCCCGCUCCCGCAACCACGACCGCGGCCGUGAGCGACACCAUGACCGCCGCCCCCGCAGCCGGCACCCGACCCCGUCCCCGCCGCCGCGCGACCACGACCGCGGCCGUGAGCGACACCAUGACCGCCGCCCCCGCAGCCGGCACCCGACCCCGUCCCCACCGCCGCGCGACCGCGACCGCGGCCGUGAGCGACACCAUGGCCGCCGCCCCCGCAGCCGGCACCCGACCUCGUCCCGGCCGACGCGCGACCAUUCUCCCCCAUGGGAUCGAUUGGCGUACCGCCAACACAGCCGCCAAGACAACAUGUACCCCAACGGCCCAUUGAGUGCGGGCGGCAUAGAAAAGGGGGGGACCGUCAGGGUUAGGGAUAUAUAUGUGAGCCUGGGGGGUGGAGGAGGGCGAAGGGGGCGCGAGUUGGCGGCCGCGGCACUGGGGGCGGCGGUGGGGGAUGUUUUCGACUCGAAAGGGCGUGGGGAGGGGUCGGGGUCGGGGUCCGUGGGGAUGAGCCGUGGGGAGGGGUCCGAUGCUUUCGAGGAGAGGUGA